CUGACAGUGAGCUGCAUCAGUGAAUCAGUGUGACAAAUACACACACACUCAUUGUAAACAGUCCAUUAAGAAGCCUGGCUGAAGAAACAUCUGCUAUUGAACGUUUCUACGACACAGACUGUACAGGCGCUGUGAGAGAAGAACAAUGUCAGGACCGAGGCCCGUGGUGCUGAGCGGCCCCUCCGGAGCAGGGAAGAGCACUCUGAUGAAGAGACUGAUUAAGGAUCACGAGGGUGUCUUCGGAUUCAGCGUGUCACACACAACAAGAAACCCUCGACCAGGAGAGGAAGAUGGCAAAGGGCUGAACAAGCUCCCCAUGCUUCUGGGGGCUACUUUACUGCCAGUAGCAGACAUCUUUUCCUCUGAAGACUUAGAAAUGUCAACCUCAUUUUCGUGUCCAAACAAAUCAGAAACAGCAGAUAAAGACUACCACUUCACAACGAGAGAGGCCAUGCAGGAGGGAAUUGACAAAGGAGACUUCAUUGAAAACGCAGAGUUUUCCGGCAACCUGUACGGAACAAGUAAAGCUGCCAUAGAAGACGUGCAGGCCAAGAACCUAAUCUGCAUCUUAGAUGUGGACAUCCAGGGCGUGAAGAGGAUUAAAGACACUGACCUGAACCCCAUCUACAUCUCCAUCCAGCCUCCUUCCAUGGACAUCCUGGAAAAACGUCUGAGGGACAGGCAGACAGAAACAGAGGAGAGUUUACAGAAACGCCUGGAGGCAGCGCGCAUCGACAUGGAGCUCAGUAAGGAGCCCGGAGUGUUUGAUGUUGUUAUCAUCAAUGAUGACUUAGAGAGGGCCUACGAGGAGCUGAAAGAUAUCCUCAAUGAAGAAAUCCAAAAAGUUCAGGAGGCCAAAUCAUAAGAAAGAAACAGUAACCCAGUCUUUCUGCUGCUGGACAGAAGAACCAACUCUGGCCUGAAAAACUCCAUCUUCUCUGACUGCGAAGAAAAGUUUGUUCUUCUUUUAUCCUCUCCAUUACAUGGUCAGUGGUUUGCUCAGGACAGUUUCAUGCUCAAUGAUGCUCAGAUGGAAAAGAGGGACUCUAAAUUGAAAGAUUCUUGUUCUUGACUAAGAAUGGUUGAUAUCUCGGUAUGAAAAUCCUAACUCAUACAUUUCUGCCAGCUGGCUCAGCUGCCAUGUAAAAGAGUGUGGAGUACACAUCAGUACCACCAGUCAGUACCUAGUACGCACACCGCUAAAUACUUUGUUCAGAAAAUAGUUACACUUUCAUUUAUUUGUUUUGUUGAAUUAUAUACUGCAGAAAUAAAUUCACUCAUAGUUAAGUGUAUUAUUGAAAAUUUUGGUGAUUACUCACAUGCUGAAUAUUAUCUGAAGAAUACAUGAAGGAAGUCUGUUUCAUCUGAGAUAAAAUCACUGCAUAUAUUACCUUUAAAACAUUUGCAUGUAUGUUUGUGUGUUUGUAUACAAAUGAGACUGAAUAAAGAAUGUGAGGACAAUGA